AUGGAGUACAAGCUGAUCGUGGCGGUCUCCAGCUUCCCGAGUCUGUACGACCCGAGCUGCCCGACCUACAGAGACCUGAACACGAGGAGCGACUCGUGGAGACAAGUGUCGCAGCUCGUCGGUGUCCCCGGUGAGAGUUUCCGAGCCGGAGUGCAGGAGGAAGUGGAAGAUGCUGCGGGACCAGCACAGGAGGGAGAGGCUGCGGGAGAAGGACAGACGGGAGAGCGGCAUCGGCCUCCUGAACUACAGGCCGUGGAGGUAUUCAGCCAUCCUGUCCUUCUUGAACCGUUUAUCGACGCCAGGGCGGCGGGGACCAACGGCUGGGCUCUGGACCCGCAGCCCUACUUCCAGGCGUCUGAGGUGGUGGGCUGCAGCACGACCAGCGAGGCGCGCAGCGACGACGACGACAAUUACGGUUUCGCUGUAGCGUACGCCACAACAACAACGACAUCGUCCUCCUCCUCCUCAGAGUUCGUUCAGAGGAAGCGGCCAUCUUCUGCCAACAGAGACACCGCCAGACUCAAAGAGGCGAAGGUCGAGGUGACCUCUGACCCCGCUGCUACAGACGACGGCGUGCAAACGCAACAAGCGCAGCAGGCUAACAUGAGGGAGCUGUUUGAGACCAUCAUGCACUCGGUGACAUCAUUAGCCACGUCCCUCGCGUCCUCACAGUCGUCCUCGCAGCUCUCAGAUCAGCUGACGCCUCCGUCCCCCUCGGCCGUGCAGCCUGAUCUGCAGACGUCCCGCAACCCGCCGCCGCAGCCGCCGUCCAGGCUCCACCAGCUGAAGACGGAGGAGCAGCAGGAGGUCAUGGAGGCGGAGCUUCUAGACCAAACGGACGGAGAGGAGGAGGAGUUUCACACGGCGGCGUCUCCGAGGCCGACCCGCGUCUGGAGGAGGAGGAGGAGCACGGAGGAGAGCCUGCUGGAGGAGCACCUGAGGAGGACGGAGGCCCGGGAGGCUCAGAGAGAGCGGGACGCGGAGAAGAGGGACGACGUGACGCUGUUUUUACUCAGCCUGGCGCCGGCCAUGAGGAGACUCACCGCCGAGAAACAGUCGUGGCUCCGGACGAAGAUUCAGCAGUUUGUGCACGAGGCCGAGUUUGGUGCUGCGGACUUUCAGUGAUCCUCAUUUGAAAAACUCUUAUAUGUAAUGCCAGGAUGAGCCUGCAGGGGCCGCUAGAACAAAGCCUUACAGAGACUCUCUUCUCCCAGCACUGGAGAGCAGCCCUCCCCCUGGCAGCCCUGCAGCAUUCUGCCCCUCCUCCAGAAGGCUUCCAGUGAGCCGACCAAUCAGAAGAAAGUGGGCAUGUGGGGAGGCGGGACUUAAAGAGACAGCAGCUGGAGGUUUUUUGAGCUGCAGAUCUCGUGAAGCUGCUCUGAAGGUUUCACAGACUGAAAGAUGAAGAUGACAUAUUUUAACUUUUUUUAUAAAUACUGUAUGCAUUACAUGAUAAUCUGAUUUAAGUAGGGAUGCUACGAUACCUCACAAUUCAAAUAUGGACACCUUAAAUGGAUAAAAAAAAAGAUGCCAACGUUGGGUCAUUUAUUGUUUUCAGUUAUCAAAAAUGUAAAAUCUUUGGUAUCUAAUAUCGUUAACAGAUGUGUGGAAUUUGCCAUCAAAAAAGUUAUUUUUGAUGGAUUCAUUCCUCUGUCCAAUGAAAUUGAGUUUUUUCAAGUGUCUCCACUUUUCAAUACUAUUGAUCAUUAAAGGAGACAUAUUCUGAAGAAUCCUCUUCUUCAGUGUUUCUGAACAUAUAUCUGGGUAACCUGAGAGUCUACU